GAACGUGCUUACUGAUUAAGCCCUUUCUAUGGGCUUCACCUUUUGUGCCUGCAGCGAAGGAGAAGUUUCGGUCCCUACAGCUUGCAGCAAUCGCAAAAUGCCGCGAGUUCGACAGCCCUCGCCUGCUGAGAUCUCCGCUCAUCCGCGGGAGUUUGCGCUGCUGCGCCAAGUUGCGCCAGAGGGCGAGGUUGAUGCAGAGGCACUGAAGGAGUACAUCAAGCUCUAUGGCGAGCCCGCCAAGGCCGUUGCAGAGGGUGAGAUCUCCUUCGAGGACUUCGCCGCCAUGUUCAGCCGCAAGAGCGCCGAGGCCGUCACCGCCAACUGCAUCGGCUACGCCGCACAGGACAAGUCGGGCGUGUUGGCCCCAUACAGCUUUGACCGCCGCCCCGUUGGUCCCAAGGACGUGCGCAUUCAGAUCACGCACGCCGGCAUCUGCCACAGCGACUUGCACCAGGUCAAGAACGAGUGGGGCGGCUCAGUCUAUCCCAUGGUUCCCGGACACGAGAUUGUGGGUAUUGUGACGGAGGUGGGCUCUGAGGUUAGCUCCUUCAAGCCGGGUGACCGGGCGGGUGUGGGCUGCAUGGUGGACUCGUGCGGCACCUGCGAGAUGUGCGCCGCGCCGCGCUGCGAGGAGCAGUUCUGCCCCCGCUGCGUGUUCACGUACAACAGCAAGCACUACGAUGGGACGCUGGCGCAGGGCGGCUACUCGAGUCACAUCGUGGUGAAGGAGAGCUUCGUGCUGCGCCUGCCCGCCAACCUGCCCCUGGACGCUACCGCGCCGCUGCUGUGCGCGGGAAUCACUGUGUACAGCCCCAUGAAGCACUUUGGGCUGGACAAGCCGGGCCUCAGGCUGGGGGUUGUGGGCCUGGGCGGCCUGGGACACAUGGCUGUCAAGAUCGGCAAGGCCAUGGGCAUGCACGUGACCGUCAUCUCGACCUCGGAGUCCAAGAGGGAGGAGGCGAUCAAGGUUUUGGGCGCCGACGAGUUUCUUGUUUCCAAGGAUGCCGAGGCGAUGAAGGCCGCCUCCAACUCCCUGCACGGCAUCAUUGACACCGUCAGCGCCAAGCAUGAUUUGGGGGCCCUGGCGGGUUUGCUCAAGCUGGAGGGCAGGCUGGUGCUGGUGGGGGUGCCCGACCAGCCGCUGGAGCUGCCCAGUUUCGCGCUCAUCUUCAAGCGCGCCAUGGUGUCCGGCUCUCUGAUCGGCGGCAUCAAGGAGACCCAGGAGAUGCUGGACUUCUGCGGCCAGCACGGCAUCACCGCCACCAUCGAGAAGAUCCCAAUCGAAUAUGUCAACACCGCGUACGAGCGCAUGACGCGCAGCGACGUGCGGUACAGGUUCGUGAUUGACAUCCAGGGCUCGCUGGUGCUAUGAGGUUUGGGGAGGUAUGGGUUCCUCAAUCCUGUGAGAGCUUGAGUGUAUGUCUGUGGCAGCGAGAUGCUUGUAUCGCAGCAAUGUGACUUAUGUCUCGUGGCAGCAGCGGUUACAAUCUGAUUAAAGGACCACAAGAGGAAAGCCACGGUGCCUUUUCAUAUGCCUCAUAAGAGGUGGGGUUAUCCUUCCUAAAGCACGCGUGCUACAAAUUUAUCCGAUGUGUUAUGGUGAAGUAAACCUGGUGAAGUAAUUAAAAAGAUGAGUUUUUUUGACGCCAGCAGUGGCAUGCUUUCCCAAUGUUGGUGC